AUGGAGGAAGCUUGCAGAGUACGGAGGAUAAAGCUUGGGAGCCAAGGCCUUGAGGUUUCAGCUCAGGGACUUGGUUGUAUGGGUCUCUCCGCCUUCUACGGCGCUCCAACUCCUGCGACCAACGCCGUCGCUCUCCUCCGUCACGCCAUUAACGCCGGCGUCACAUUCCUAGACACCUCCGACAUCUAUGGACCUGAGACAAACGAGCUGCUCCUAGGCAAGGCUUUGAAAGACGGUUUGAGGGAGAAAGUGGAAUUAGCUACAAAAUUUGGGAUCACUGCUUCUUCUGAAGAUGGAAAAUUUGGUAUCAGGGGAGAUCCAGAGUAUGUGAGGUUUGCUUGUGAGGCAAGCUUAAGGCGUCUUGGUGUUACCUCCAUUGAUCUUUAUUACCAGCAUCGUAUUGAUACCACUGUUCCCAUCGAAGUCACGAUAAGAGAACUGAAGAAACUUGUGGAAGAAGGUAAGAUAAAGUAUAUUGGUUUGUCUGAAGCUUCAGCUUCAACAAUUAGAAGAGCACAUGCUGUUCAUCCGAUAACCGCUGUGCAGAUAGAAUGGUCCUUAUGGUCAAGAGACGUUGAAGAAGAUAUCAUUCCUACUUGCAGGGAGCUUGGGAUUGGUAUUGUAGCUUAUAGCCCUCUAGGAAGAGGCUUCUUUGCAUCAGGACCUAAGCUAGUUGAGAAACUUGACAAAGAUGAUUAUCGAAAGGAUCUACCAAGAUUCCAACAAGAGAAUCUAGACCACAACAAGAUUCUCUACGAGAAAGUUCUAGCGAUGGCGACAAAGAAAAGCUGCACUCCUGCGCAACUGGCUCUGGCUUGGGUUCAUCACCAAGGAGAUGAUGUGUGUCCCAUUCCAGGAACUUCCAAGAUCGAAAACCUAAACCAGAACAUUGGAGCUUUAGCCGUGAAGCUCACUACUGAAGAGAUGGCUGAGCUUGAAGCCAUUGCUCGACCGGAUCUUGUUAAAGGUGAACGGUAUGAUAACAACAUGGCUACUUAUAAGGACUCGGAGACUCCACCAUUAUCUUCUUGGAAACCAACAUAA